AUGACCAACAGGGAGGGUUUCGAUUUGGGCCAACUUUCUGCAAGCCAACAGGAGGCUCUACAGCAAUACACAGAUGUUACUGGGCAAGAGAUUAAGGAUGCGAUUCCCCUGCUCGAGAGAUCGCAAUGGAAUGUUCAGAUAGCUGUCUCCAAGUUCUUCGACGGAGAAGGUCCCGACCUUUUUGCUGAAGCCCAAGCAGCUCAGAAUAAUAUUCCCCGAGCCGCCGCGCGGGUCGAAAACCUUCAUGAAGCGCUCAUCAUGGACGUGGGCAACCGACCGGCGCGGCCUAGACAACCAAGAACGGAACCAGCCCCUCGAGUAGUCCCUCAGUCGCCACACGUGUACCGUUCACCGUUCCUGGUCACCUUGCUUUUCGCUCCAUUUCGCAUGGGCUACAGUAUACUUUCCCGUGUUCUCGGCUCUAUCUUGUUUAUAUUCUCGCUUUUACCUCGCUCCCUCCGUGCUCGAUUUUUGUCUUCAUCUAUUGCCAAGGGACUCAGGCGGACCGAUGGAAGGAGGCUUACUCUGCCAAAAGAAACUGCCCAGAGGUUUAAGCGCGAGUUCGAGGAAGAGUAUGGGCCCAAUGAAGUCCCUUUUUUCGAAGGGGGGCAUGCCCAAGCUCUCGAUACAGCAAAGAGAGAUCUUAAAUUUCUUUUAACGGUAUUGAUCUCCCCAGAGCAUGAUGAUACGGAUUCUUUCGUUCGGGGUACGCUCCUAUCUUCUGAAGUUGUGAACUUCAUGAACGAUCCCGCAAACAAUAUCAUCGUUUGGGGAGGGAAUGUGUUGGAUUCAGAGGCAUAUCAAGUUUCCCGAGAAUAUGGUUGUACCAAGUUCCCAUUCUCCUGCGUGGUCUGCCUUACUCCUAAGGAGGGAAGCACACGAAUGGGCAUUGUCAAGCGCCUGGUUGGACCUAUGACACCAGAGGCAUACAUUUCCGGCAUCCAGAAUGCCAUCAACAAGUACGGACCAGACUUGAAUGCUGUCCGUGCGGAGCGCGCCGCUCAGGAGAUGGCUCGCACCUUACGUGAACAACAAGAUUCGGCGUAUGAACGGUCUCUGGCACUCGACCGAGAAAAGGCACGGCAAAAACGCGAAGCUGCUGCCGCCGCCGCUGCUGCAGAGCAGCAAGCACGAGAAAAGGCAGAAGCUGCCGCGCGUCUGCAGCGGUUACGGCAACAAUGGCGAGAAUGGAGAGCUACGACGAUCCCUUCCGAGCCAGACCCGACAAUCAAGGAUGCAGUACGUUUGGCCCUGAACAUGCCAGCUUCGUCCGGGGCUGGACGGAUCGUUCGCAGGUUUUCCAGUCAAACAACGCUGGAGGAGUUGUAUGCCUUUGUAGAGUGCUACGAUCUCUUGAAAGACGCAUCCAAGAAACUCACGGAGAAGCCCGAAGGGUACGAACACCACUACCGAUUCCAGAUUUCCUCGGUUAUGCCCCGAGAAACAUUCGAACCGAGCAACGCUGUCACCAUUGGUGAGAAGAUGGGUAGAGGAGGAAGUCUAGUGGUGGAGGACAUGCCUGACGAUGAUGAAUAG